UCCCUCUUUUCCAUUUCUGAAUCAAGAAUAGAAGGUGAAUGCUCACAGCUUAUUCCCAGCUGUGCUUUAACCUUUCACUUGUAAUAUUUUCCUUGUGGGAAUGGGGUAGAAACACUUCUCCCUAUCUGGUAUCUGCAUCCAGAUCUUUCUGUUCCAGACUAAGUUUUCAUUCCCAAUGCCCUUUGUUUUGUAGAGACUUCCUAGUUCCUACACGUUUACCUUCAGGUUUUCCCCAGAUGUAAUUAUUGAGGUUAUCACCAAGUAUUUAGAUUUCCAAAGCAUCCUGCAGACGUUAAAAGCCGAGGAGUCAUAAAGAGAGGUGUUAAUUUGCAGUGGGAAGCAUGCAGUGGUAACAUGAUAAGCAUGGCAAGAGAGGAGACGUGUUAAAUCAGAAGGAUUGUACAAACUGGUAUUUUCAUUUCCUGCUUUGGUACAGCGAUCUUACAGCUUAAUGCCAUGUUCCCAUGUGUGCAGCAUUGGUUUCCUUUGUUCUUUCUGCUCGUAGGAUGGCUUGCAUCUCCUGUGGAAAACUGUUUUGUCAAACCUGCCCAUACGUGGCGUGGCUGAACGCAAAAGCUUCACAAGAUGCACAGGCAAUGGCUCUCCUGGUUGUGUUAAAGCGAAUCGUUUGCCACAGACUCCAGCCUUCAUUUCUGUUAAGACCUCUCUGUACAGUCUGUAUGUCCUUGGUUUGUUGUCUUCUCUCUUUUAUUUUAUUUCCUGACGUCUGUAGUUUUGUACAAUACUGGUCAGAUCCUGGCUUGGUGGUAGCAUAUAGCACUGGUUUGGGUUUGUGUCUGUAAAUAAAGAGGUAUGUUUUAUUUCCUAAAGUCAUGGCUAAGUCUUGGCUUUUCCAAACUUGAUGGUGGUUUCUGUUGUGAUGCUGGCAAGGAAUCCUGCCCUACAGCUCUGGUGCAAACAUGUGCCUUCACCACAGCUGGUGUGUUACGUUUGGUUUUAUGAUUAUUAUUGGUUUUUCUGUAGUGUGGCGUUUGGUUGGUGGUGUCUUUACUUAAAUCCCCCAUGGAAGGAAUAUCUGAGUGCAGUGAGGAGCUCUGAGAAGUGCUGAAAGGGAACUGAACACGAAGAAUGCUGGGUGCAGAGAGCAUCUCUGCAGGAGCUGAACUGUGUUUAUGAACAUUCUCUAUCUCAGAAGCCGUUUUGUUUUGUUUUUAAUAAAUUAAGGGCUAUUAGGAAGAGAAACUUGGAUAUUCAUUAGCAAAGCCAGUGAAGAAUGUGGCAUUCUAAAUCCUUUCUGCAAUCCAUCAUUCAGACAAUCUGGUUAUUGACCUGGUUUGACUCUGUUACACCAUCAGAAAGAAACAACUUUAUUAUGGAGAGCUUUUUCUCUUUGCUUUGUUCUUUUGGGAUGCAGUGAGGUUGGUGCAGUUGAAUCCCAUCAGCAUCUGCUUUCCAACCCAUGCAGAACCACUGGGUGCCACCAACUCUUGGAUAGUGAUGGAUGCCAGUGACACAGCCCUGCUCACCACUGAUCUCUGAAUGUCAAAAUCUUGUUCUCAUCAUCUUGGUCCUUUGGGGAGGACUUCAGAUUUUAGGAUAAGUGUCUGUAGAGCAGUGCCAUGCAGGUGCUAUGUGUGUCAUCAUGAUUUCUUUGUGCUAAGCAACGUUGUUCUAGAGGUUCCAGUAAUUAAGAUGUAUUGUUUUAUAGUUUGGUAGGAAGAUUCAACUGGAACAGCAGCGUGGAAAUUCAUCUGAAAUAGCAUGGAAAUGUCAAGGAGUAGAAAGGAGGACUUAAUAAAUAGUCAAGCAGAUCCCAGUUGCUGGGAUACAGUGGGUUUAAACGUUCUGCUGCCUGGGAACUGGAACUCCUCAUCAGUGUUCUGACCCACACAGUGAUGUUCUGCACCUUCCCUGGCAGCGUUAGACUUCAAACCUGCUUCGUUGGGGGAUGCUGGUGAGAUUUCUGUUUGAAGAUUGACCAGAAGUUGUUUCGACUGCUGAAUUUACACCGUGCCACAUCCGAUGGCUGCCACGAAGACCUUCGGGAGCAGCUGCAUCCUUGGCAUGAUGUUGCCUUGGGUUUUCUGCCUCCCGUUGGGGGCAGCUUCCAUUCCAAAAGUGACCAUCCCAGCAGAGCUGCUGACAGCAGAAGCUCACAUUGCAGUGAACGCCACGUCGUGCAGCGUCACCUGCGGCCUGGGCCUCCAAGUGGAGGAAAUAUGUGAGAUCACAGCAGCAGGGGAGAGGAAGAACUGCACCACGCGCCGCUCCCACUGCACCACCACGUGGGGCUGCGGUUUGCUGCACUUCACCAUCCCCGUGGGCAAACCCUCGGUGCUCAGCUGCCUGAGCUCAGACGUCAUCGAUUUGGGUGUCAGAGGGUACAGCUGUACGUGGAAGGUCGCCCCGGGUCUCAUCACCAUGAAUGAUGUUUUGUUUGCACCUUUCAGAAACCCAGGCUUCGCCGUUGCCUUUUCCCCAAUCAAGGAAUCUGAUGCUGGGACGUACCGCUGCGAUGUGCGCGUGUUGAAGACAUUCAGGGUCAUCAAGAGGAUCUACUUUGGGGUCAGGGUGAUCCGAAAUGACUUGGUGGACCUGGACUUUGGCAAAUUCUUGACUCGAGAGCAGAAACUGGCAGUCAGGAAUGAGGAAGGAAUCGAAGCCAACAGCACCCUUGUAGACGUGGAGGAGAAGCUGUACUUCUGGCAAAGAAAAUCCUUUCAGAGAUCUUUGAUAGGGAUUGGAACUGGGCUGGUAGGAGUCAUCGUGGUGAGCAUGGCUCUCCGCUGCCUGCAGGAGAGGUUGAGAAGCAGAGAUGCAGAGAAUCAGACUCAGUUCUAGUGCAAUUUCUUGUCUCUGUCUCAUUGUCACAAGUAGAGCAACAUCAGUAUUGGUGCACUAUUUCACAGUGAGGUUUGUAGUUGUUUUCUGGCUGUUGAGUUGGAGAGUUUGGGGUGUUUUUGUUUUGUUUUGCAGCUCGUGACUUGGGAUCCUAUUUCUCCCUCAUCCUCUUGAAUUUCUUCUCCCUUGCCCAGGUUUGUGACACAGAUCCCUGAGGUUGGUAGCUGGAGCAAAAGAGGUGCAGAGAAGUGAAGAUGCUGCAGCUGGGUCCCUGCUUGGUCUCCAUGGUCCUUCCCAGCAGACCCCAAGGUCUGUUUUGGGGAUCUGGGAGCGCUGGGAGGAGCUGAGCCACCGCUCCCUGCCUGUUCUGUUUGUUUGUCUCCCACUUCAGAAAGCUGAAGCAUCAUCAGCGGUAGUUGGAAGCUUCCACUCUUCCCUUUGUAGUUCAGAACGGCGAGGCAGGGAGCAUUAGGCAGCACAAGCACAUCUUCAAUCUGAGCACUGCAGCUCAAGGAGCGUAACGGGGUGGUUUUAAUCACGACUCAGAGCUGAGCUCACUCCUAAAAUCUUUAAAGGAGGAGGAGAGGGAAGAGUUCAGUGGGCUCGUGGCUCGCUCGCUUUCCUGGUGACUAAUAAGUACAAAGCGUGCAGCAGCACUGUAGGGAGCAUUGUUUCCCCAUUGGUAGCAGAAUCCGCAGAGGGACUUAUUAAGUGCCUUCUCUCUCUGGUUUCUGUCUUUAUUUUACAGUAAACAACUCUAUUUACUCGCUCUGUUUCCUUUUUUUUCCCCGUGAACUGAAGUACAGGAAUGCACCACACAUCCAAUUCCGGGGAAAGUAAUGAUGGAGCUCUACUAUUUAGAUCAAAGCAUACUAUUAUUUUUUUCUUCAGACCAGAAAAAUAAUGCUUUAAUGUAGAAAGAGCUGAAUAUACAAGGAGAUGCUUUAUUUGCAGAACAUCCUAUUGAAAAAAAACAACAUCAGACCAAAACAUAGCGAGCUGAAUCUUCAUGUCCAAUUAAGUGGGUAAUGGGAAUAUCUGGAUAAUGAUCUGCAGGCCGUGGGGUUGUCUGUAUUUGAGUGAGGAAUUGAGCCUGUUACCAGCCUUGGAUUCUCUGUGGGUUGUUUGCUGGGUUCUGAGGGAAGAAUUCAGGGCUCACAGCCAUGGGCAGAGGUUGGUGGAGGUGAUGGGGGCUGUCCUGCAGUGCUGGAAGGUUCCUCUGGGUGUGCAUUUGUUGUCUGGCUCCAUGCUUUGCGCUGAUUUACUGCAGAGCUCCCCUGUUGAGCCCCGCUUUAGGCUAACUGUUCUAACAACAGAUUUCUCAUCGACUGAAAUACACACAGGGAAAUACACACCCCUGGGCAGGGUGAGGGGGCUCAGCUCGGCUUUCUGCCCACACUUUCCCCCACCCCUGAGCAAAAUGCAAGCAGGGGAGACCCAGAUCUUGGUUCCCUCUUGUCACCUCAUCCUCUCAUCCCACAGGGAAUCUCCUCUUUCCAAGCAGCAGCACUGACACACCGCAGUGCACACCCACGUUUAGGACACCUCGAGGAGCUCAAUGCGUGCUGGCUGCAUUCAUCCCACCCCGACCUCUCCUGGCUGUGGCUUUUUUGAUGCAUCCUUGUGGCAUUGGUGGCACUGCUAAGAAGUAAGAAGGACCCUGUGAAAUUGGAUGACUUCCCUCACUGAGCCAUUACAGCACUGGAACAAAACCCAGGCGCUUAACUUGUCCCUGUAAGUCAAUUCCUAAAGUAAAUGCUCACAGCAAUUACACGUGAGGGAUUGUUAAUGAGACAGGAAAUUGAUUUGCAGCUUAAUGCAACAGUGCAAAUCCAGUGACCUCGUGUUAAGAUGCUGAAAUCUUCUGUGUUCUCCCCCAGCUCACAACACCCUUUAGGCCCUGUGCUGCACUUCAGAAGCUCUGAGUGCUCUCACAG